UGACAUUGUCACGGCCAUCUUGAAAUUCGAACUGCUAUUAAAAAUAUUUGAGGGUUGCAGCAUCUUCCACUCUUGCAGCGGCCUGGGAACAAAGUAGGGGAGACUCAGUAGCUUUUUGGAAGGAGGCGCUUUCGGGUACUGGUCAGCUAUCCGAUUCGGCUGGAGAGGUGUAUGAGAUUGAAAGGAGGGGCAUUUUUGAGCUAGGCAGAUCUGUGGGGAAGGAAUUUUUUUUGCUCCACCCAUCUGAGUUAGUGCUCUUUCGGUCAGCUGAAGCUAACUCAGCUUGGAAAUAGCAACCGGGAGAGACAAAAGAGAAAGGAGGCCCCCCGAAGAAAUGAGGGAAUCCUGUCGAAUUUGUGGUCGGGAACUUUGUGGCAAUCAGAGGCGCUGGAUCUUCCAUACCGCAACUAAAUUGAAUUUCCAGGUUUUGCUCUCGCAUGUUCUGGGCAAGGAGAUCUCACGGGAUGGCAAAAACGAGUUUAUCUGCAGCAAGUGUGCCUUUAUGUUGGAGCGCAUCUAUCGCUUUGAUACUGUUAUUGCGCGCAUCGAAGCGCUGUCAAUUGAGCGGUUGCAGAAGCUGAUGCUAGAAAAGGACCGCCUCAAGCUGUGCAUCGCUGGAAUAUACAGGAAGAACAAUGUCGAGGCCACCGACGAGACGACGGACGUCUCCAGCCUGCCAGAUCUGCGCUACUCGACUCUCCUCCAGGAAGACUUCGCUUAUUCGGGGUUUGAAUGUUGGACAGAGCCGGAGGAACGGACUGGAGACCCACAAGCGUGCCCCGCUGCAGAAAGCCGUCCUAGGCGGUGUCGGAGUUGUGCUAUGCUGCGCGUUACUGAUGCUGAUUAUGAGGCAAUUUGCAAAAUCCCACGAAAGGUGGUAAGAAAUCUCUCCUGUGGAUCAUCCAGGAGUUCUGGCAACGUUUGUAGUGAAGAGUUAAUUCUAUGUGAGCCAGUAAUUACUGACUUGCUAAGCGUCAAGGCGCCUUUGGAUGAAGAAAGAGUGGAAGGGGAAAGUCCCGAAUUGUCCCUUGGGUCGUUGGAUGCAACUGCGAUCGCUGAUACAUUACAUCCAAAAGAGGAGGAAACGGACACAGAGGCAAAGAGAAACGCAAUGUGUAACUGUGGAGCCCAGAGCUUUUCAUUUCAGGGCAACAGGUUAGAAGUAGCCCUUAAUUUGGUGAAAGCUUUUGACUGCAAGCCAGUCCAGAGUCCCAGAGGGAGCAAGUUACCUAUUCCUGUAAAAUCAAGUUCUCAUUGGCAGAACUUCGAUAAAAACUUUUCUUCUGGCUUCUCAGAUGUGGUGCUAAAAUCUCAACCUGGCUUUGCCUUAGAGAUGUCUGAUCUGCAGGAAUUGUGGGAAGACUUAUGUAUGGAUUAUAUUCCACUUCGAACUAAGAAUAUGUUUGAGGCUAACCAGCAGCUAACAUACUGCGACAUGUUAAAAUGACACAGAACAAUGGAAAAAACCAGCUCUUUAAAUGCUAUGAAUAAGCAGCUCCAAGACAAAGUGAAUGAAAUGGAUUUUGAACUGAAAUCUGUCCAGCAUGCAUCCAAGAAACAGGCACAUAUCCAGAAAUUGAAAGAGACGUUAGAGAGCAAGGAAAAUGAGUGUGAAGAACUAAUUCAAGUAAUUCAUAAUCAGAAUGAGAAAAUAGUCGAACUGCAAGACAUGCUACAUAAGAAACAGCUUGGACAAUUACAGAACUUAGAGGGCUGUUCUUCAUUACAACAGAAACAAACAAUAGCAUUUCUUGAUGCGCAGAAUGAACUUUUCUUCACUCAGUUGGAAAUGCAAAAAUUGAAAUAUGCCCAGCAGCAAAAGGAUCGACAGUUAGCUGAGGCUAAAAGGACCAGCCACUUUCUAGAGACAGCAUUGCAAGAAGAACAGCUACAAAAGAAGCAGCUUGGGAACAUAAUAAGGAAUUCUUUGCUACUCUUCAGCGCUGGAUGCAGAGACAAAGAGCAGAAAAUUAAGGAUUUGACAUCCAGUCUAGCCUGCAAAGAAUGGCUUCUACAGGAAUCUAAGGAUCUUUUAGAGUAUCAUCAGAAUUUGGACAAAAAUACUACAACUGCUGAUAAAAUGGUACAGAAAUUGCAGCAACUAAUUAAAGACAAAAAUGCUGCCCUGGAGCAAGCUAUACGGCAGAAUAGCUCUGCACUUGAAGAUAAAGAACAGGAAGUGAACCAACUUUAUUUGUCCAUAAAAGAUCAAGAUCAUGAUCUGAAAGGUCUACACCAAGUUAUUUCUGGCAACCAAGUUACUAUCCAGUGUUUACAGAGCUUGCUAAAAGCCAAGGACCUGGAACUGGAGAAACUGUUAAAAGCCAACCAGAAUUUGCAGUGGCUGAUCAAGAAUAUAGAAGCAAAAUCUCAGAAGUGGCAAUCUGAACAAGAAAGGAUUAUCCAGAAGCUCCAUGACAGAAAUGAAGAAGUAGAGAACCUUUCAGCAACACUGCUAUGCAAUCUGGAGCCUGGACAGAGGGACACCGUAGAAGCCCUGCACCUCCACCUUCAGCAAAAGGAUCAGAUCAUAAAAGAAUUCCUAAGGGACAAGAGCCAGCAAGUUGUAGACCCAGUAGCUGAGCUUGAGGAGUUACUUCAAGCAUGGAACACUAGAGAGCAACAAAGUUAUAAAUAUUCCAAGAAGAUUUCACAGGUUCUUAUAGAGAAGAAUUCUGAGCUGCAAAUCCUGAAUCAGCAACUGAUUAGCCAAAUUCUUCAUCAGAAAAUGGAGUCGUCUAUUGUUCAGUUUGUACAACAAGAGGAGUCUAUUGAUGCACCAAAGCAAGAAGAUUCUAUCAUGAAUAUCCCAGCCAUGAUUUCUAACAUAGACGACAGUAAAGUCAGGAGGGAUAAAGAUGAUUUGCAAACAACUGCUAGACUUGAGAAGGAGCUUACUAAAGCAAAAGAGGAGCUUGAAUUGUUGACACAAAAAGAAAGAGAAAGCACACUGAAACUCUCUGCUCUUAAGUCUGUGGUGGCUUCCCAAGAGGAGGAGCUUCAAGUUCAAUCCUCUGAUAUUGAAGCUCUUACUAGAAGUACCCAGAUCAAAGAAGAACUAAUUAAGGACUUGCAGAUGCAAUUGAUUGAUCCUGAAGAAAUACCAGCAAUUGAAAGACUUACUCAAGAAGUUUUGAUGCUUCAGGAAAAGGUAGCAAAAAUGGAAGCACAGGGACAGGAAGCCAUAGGAAACAAAAGGCAACAGCUGCUGGAGAUGUUGGAGGGCUUAGUAGCAGAGAAGAAGCAGCUGAAUGAAACUCUGAAAGUAGAAAAACAACUCUAUUGCGAUUUGGUGAAGUGUCAUAAUCACCCUGACAGACAAGAACAGAUCCUUCAAGUAGAACUGGAGAAGAUCCAGGCACUCCGUGGACAGCUAGAAAAGGUCCUUGGAAGAAGUGAGGAGCACCUGAGCAGGCUGGAAUCAUUGGACAGCAUAGGAGAUCUAACUGCAGCUGAUGACAUUAAAGAUACCAGCACUGAGUUUACAGAUAGCAUUGAAGAGGAGGUACAGCAUGGCGCUCAUGUACAGGUGGACAAUAAGAACAAAUGGAAUCUGGCGGUGGCGCCUUACUCAGGCACCUUCUUGUUCGGGGAGGCCCUGGAUCCUGAAUCAAGAAGAACGCCAAAUGGUAUCUCAGGUUCUCAGGUUCUCGGGGUCCCACUAUCAGUACAGGACUCUCCCGUUCAGGUUGACUUGGGCCCUGUGCACCUUCAUGAAUGUCCUGGCGGCAUUGGCAGCUCACCUACGGUCUAUUCCGACACUGGGUUUUUCUGUGAACUUCGCAAAAAGUCAUCUGUCACCUUCAACAAGAAUUCUCCAUCUUGGGACGAUCAUAGGCUCUACAGCAGGACUGGUGCUGCUUUCUCCAAAACAUCGAUCCAGCCUAUGAGCCUUGGUUUGGCAGGGCUGGGGAUGGCCUGGUUGUCUUGUUGUGUCUUUCAGGUGGAGCCAAGGGAAGGAGGAGGCAUGGUGAAAAAAUUCCCUCAGUCUCUUGACCAAUCAGACUGUGUUGAUAUCCCAUGCAUGGCCCCUCCCACAUCCACACAGAAAAUUAACAUUCAGAAUUUUAAGGGGGAUAUCGAUGACAAUCUGAUGAGCCAUUCCAGUUAUCCUGCUCUACUGACUUUGAAGAGCGAAGGCAACCAGCAAGCGAUGCUUCAGUCUCCGAAAUCGAUGGUUCAGCACGUUUUAGAACAGAAAAAGAAACUGGAAGAAGAGCUACAGGAGUUUAAAGAACAGAUUGAGGAAGCUGGGUUCUCUUCCAUUUCUCAGCUAAAGAAGGCCCUGCUUAGUCUAUGUCUAGAGAAUGCAGAACUCAAGGAACAAAUUGGAGAAGCAAAGUUGUCAGAAGUUUGGGAGAAAGAGGAUGAAAAUGAAGAUAAAGAGGAUUUGAGGUGGGGUAUCAAGAAACUGCAAGAGAAACUGCACACUUCAGAGAAUGUGAUUGGCCUCCGUAAAGAACAAUUGACUCUAAAAAACCAAGGAUGCAAAGGCGCCAUCAUUCACCAGAUGACAGCUAACACAGCUCUGAUAAAUGAGCAAGAGCAGUGCACUUGCCAAGCUGUCUGUGACCAUUCACCAUUGUUGCACUGCCUACCCAAUAAAAUUAUGGGCAACCCAGAAGAAAUCAAGGCUGAAGGAGGCAGAGUAUCAAGUAGUUUUGGCCAGAAGUCUGAACAAUCCCAAUGGAGUCAACAGUGUCACAAAAUACAAGACACACACUUGGUGUCAGAAGCCACCAUCCAGCCACAGAUAGCCCAGCUCAAACAAUACAAAGCCCUACUCGGUGAAUCUAUGGUACAGCAGAAUAACAAGCAGAUGCAGGUGGAUAUUCAAGACUUGGGCUACGAAACCUGUGGGAGAAGUGAAAAUGAGGCUGAAAGGGAUGAGGCUACAAGCCCUGGAUGCAGAGUUCAUGAUGAGCAACUAAAGUUUUGGAAGAAAUCAGUGGAAGCCCCUCAAAACAGACUGAUGAAACAGGAAACAUUCCUGGGUGUCAGUCAAAAUGAUGAGGCCGCAGUUCUCCGCCAGCAUAUUCAGGUUCUCCAGAUGCAGUUGCAAAGUUCCCACAAAGUUAUCCAAAACUUACAAAAUUGUGUGCGCUCUAUAUCCACUACCAGUGACUAUGGUUCUAUGGGAGAUCAGCCACUCAAAUUGAGGCAAGGCUAUACUCUGGGCAAUUCUUCUUCCCACAGUAUGACUGAUGAAGAUGAAGGCUGGCAAUCUGAUAGCGUUGGAACUUUCUGCCCACCAAGUCUCCAGUCCAAUAAAGAUUUGGCCAGCCUUAUACAGAGAGUAACCCUGCUGGAAGCUCAUAUGAAUGAGACCAAGCCAAAGGAAUUUUUGACAGAGGAAUUGAAAUGUACAGCCUCCUUGGGGAAAUAUGACUCGUUAGUCCAAGCUCAAGCUCGAGAGCUCUCCCAUCUGCGCCAGCUAAUACGAGAGGGACAAAGGGUGUGUCAUAUGCUAAAGAAAUACUUCAAGGACACCAUCAAAUCCUUCGAAGAGCUUCUACGAAGCACUGAUAUUGAUUACUAUUUGGGACAGAGCUUUCGUGAGCAACUUGCAGAAGGGAACCAGUUAGCAGACCAGCUGGCCAGAAAACUGAAUCAAGGGAAUGAUCUAAACAUGGAGGACAAAGCAAAUCAUGAAUUGUUAAUGAGGAUGAACAAGGAGCUGCAGAAGGAACAAUCCAGCAAGACACUCCAAGAAAAACUACAAGAGUGCUCAGUGCCCCCUUUCAAUAGCCAUAUUAUAUCUGAGUCACCCUGCUCUCAUAGCAACAUCUCCUUCCUCUCUGAUGGUCCAGACGUCUGUUCUGAUGUGGAUGACUUUAGUGAAAAUAAUAUAAGUGAAGGCCAAGUCUACAAUGUUCCAAACAAAGGCUUUUAUGAUGACUCCUUGUCCAAGCCAACAGGUUUGCUUUUGGAUUCACUGGACUCAGAACCAUCAUCCUGCGCGUCUUUGGGACCCCCAUCUUCAUGCUCAAGGCCCCUGCUUGGCUGCUGCAUAACACCAGCCUUCUCCCUGACUGAGGCACAGCAGGAGUUGAAGAUGCUGCAGCAGCAGCUUGGAGAAAGUGGCCAAAUUAUCUCCUCCAAAAACAGCUCUCAUGCUUGUCACCAUGUUCCUCACUUAUUGCAUGUGGAAAAUACUGCUGAUUGGAAGAUUAAAUCCAAGGAACAAUUGGAGAAGAGCUGCAUCCCUCCAAGUACUCAUCCAUUCAGGCAGCUUCAGGAGGGAUUUUUCUCUGCAUCAUGUUGCCCACCAGCCCAUCCUACCCAGAAACCUUCAGAAUUGGAGAACCCACAGAAGGCUCUGCUUGAGUUACAUUCAAAACUCCUAGAUGGCAAGGUGAAGCUGGAAUGGCAGCGGAUUGAGUGGCAGCAAAUACAGGAAGACAUUCAGAGAAAGCAGCAAGAUCUUGUGCUGCUUCAAAAGGAGGCCAUGGCUUUAGAGAUGAACAAUUCCAGGCUUCAACACAGAAUGAUAAUGCUUCAGCAGCAGUGUGAAGAAAACAGAGUGCUCCUCCAGACCCGGCAGGCUGAAUUAUGUGUCUAUGAAGCACAGCAUGGACCACUGCAAAAGGCAAUCUCUGGGAGGCAUACGUUGAUGCUGACAGAAGAUGCAAAGAACCAAGGAAUUCAUGUCAUAGGAUACCUUCGGGACUAUAAUACUCUUAAGAAACUGAUUUUGGAUGCCAAGACUUGGAUCCACCAAAUGGCAUCCCUUCUGCAGUCUGACCUGAAACUACAAGACAACAUGAUUUUCUGCCAAGAAAACAUCAGGAAAUUACUUGUCCAUACCAGUACUUUGCAUCAGAUCUUGGAGAGGUCAACUUCCCUCCUUGCAAUGUUUUGGAGAGCAUCACCUCCCAUGUCUCUCAGCUCAGCUCAAAUAAGACAACAUACAAAGGAUCAAACAGCAGCUGAAGAAAUCCAAAUACUUAGAGCCAAGUUGGCUGAGCAAGAGAAUUGGGUGCAGAGUGCUAAUCAUAUUAAAGGAAGUAUGGAGAACUUCAUUCUCACUCACUUGACUGGAACAUACAAUGUGCUGAAGAAAGCAAGAAUCAACCUGGAGGGGAUAUCUCAGCAGCCUAAAUCCAUUUCUUCCAUUGGCCAUUGAAGAAACAGAUUCAUCCACACAGUCAGAAAUA